GUAUAUUACGAUGCCCAAGGCAGAGACACGAGCAGUUGAACGUUGGCUAACUAGCCGAGAAGUCGCGAAGGAAAGAGCCCACGAGGCUCAGUCAGCUUCUUUUUACACAGACACUUGCUAAUUUCGUUAAUCAUUAUUAUAAUUAUUUAUUAAUUGUUAAUUAUUUAUUAAAAAUAAUUAAAUAUUUUAAAUAAUAAAAUAGUAAUGAAUUUUUAUCGAGUGAUUAAAAUGAAUUAUCCAAGAACUUUAUAAGAAAUACUCCAAUUGUUAAUUAAAAUGCCCAGUGCAGUGUUAAUUAAUAAAAUUGUGAAUACAAAUGACCUUUUUUAGUAAAUAAAUUAUUUCAAAUACAAAUAGAUAUUUUUUAAAAAUUUAAAAUGUUUUUUGUGGCUUCGUCGUGUCUAAUUUUUGUAAUCACGAUACUCAUUACAACGAUACCGGCUAUUUUUACGUCACCUAAUCCAGAUUAUCUGCACAGUUUAGCCAACUACGACUUCCCCGAUUUUGGAAGAAAGUCACCGAGAACGAAUGAAAGUAAUCAAGUAUCUCAAAGAUAUGAAUCAAAGGCCAAUGAAUCACCUCAAGAAGAGCAAACAAUGUACGUCAUUGAAUUUGAGUCGGAGCCACGAGAAAGGGGAAUGGACAAUGGAAGUAAAGACAGUGAUCAUGAUUUAGACAUAGACAAACACAGUCCAUUGGACCCUUGGUCAAUAGUCUGGUACAUUGGAUCCUUUGGUGGAUUGGUAGCAUUUUUUCUGAUAGUUAGUUGCUCCGAAUGGUGCUGCAGACGUGGUGCACGUACACUUGGUACACCUUAUGGUGUACCACGCACAGGCGAGCCUGUUAAUUCUAGUCGCGGUGUUACUGAGACACCACCUCCGCCUUAUCAUCUAUUUGCACCGCCUCCAUACGAUUCCGUAAACUACGCUGACCUAGUGGACAAAGCUUCGGGCGAGAAGUUGAAUAUUUACGUCAUCUCAGUGCCAGUUCAAUCUAAUAUUCCUGUACAGCCACAGACAGCGUAGGAUUUGUAUAUUUAAUAUCAGUAAUCAUCAUUACUUAUGAUUUAUUUUAUUUAUCGGUCUGAAAUAAUGGAAAUUUAAAUUUAAAUAUUUUUUUUUAUUUUCAUUUAAAUUAUUGACCUGCGAGGAUUUAAUCUGGACAAAAUUUGAAAUAAUUGUACAUAUUUUUAAUUAUUAAUUAGAUUUCGAAUGUUUCAAUUCAUUUGAAAUUUUAUACUUUUAAAAAUAUUUUCAAUUUUCAAGUAAUUAUGACAAUUAUUUCCAUGACGGAGUUAAUUAGUUUUUGAUAAUUGUGAAUUUAUUAAAGUCUCGCUAUGAAAUUUCUCGAAUUUAAAAACUAAUUACACAAAAAAAAUUAAUUUGUAAUUAAAAUUAUGGUCAUUUACAUAUGAGCGGGAAAAAGUCAAUUAUUUAAAUGAAACAAAAAAAAAAUACAUUGUAAUUUAAAUAUAAAUGACAUUCAUCACUUGGAAAUUUAAAGUUACGUAAAAACAAAUUAUAUAAAUAAGUUAAUUUAUAAUUUGGCUGAUUUCAAUUAAUUUUUUAAAAUUUCAUUGAAAAUUAUCAAGUCCUCGACUACCAUUACUUUUUUUUCCAAUCAAGUAUUUUGUCUUUAUGUCAAAAAAAGCAAAUGUUUUUAUUUUGUAUAUUAUUUAAAAAUUUUCUUUGUAGUUGAAUGUAUCAGUAAUUAUUAUUUUGAGGGAGAUAGAGAUAAGAUAAGAAAAAUAAUGUGGAUUUAAUGCUGUCAAAAAAUAGCUAGCUCGCGAUGGGCGUUUAGAUUAUAAUUAAGAAUGUGUGAAUAAAUAUAUUUUGUAUGAGAAAGAGAGGGAGUGAGUAAGUGAGUGAGUAAGCAGAGAUGUAUAAUAAAAAAAUAAAGAAAAUAAAAAUUAAUAACAAGACGACGACCCCCCUAUUUGGCCUCAAUCUCGGAUCUAUCAAGGCCCCAAUUGCGCCCAAUUGUACAGAUAUAUAUAUUUAUAUCACCGACUGCCAUGAAAACCGCUGAAAUAUAUAUAUCUAUAUAUUGUGUAUGAAGUGUAUGAUAAAGUCAAAUAGACAUAUUUUUUAUUAGCAAUAAAAUAAAAAUCCGUAGAUCAUGAGUUUGUGUUUGUAGUGGGAAUGGAAUUGUAAAAGUAUGCGUAUGAGUGGGUGUAGAUAUAUAAAUAUAUGUGUGGGAUAAUACAAUGUUAUAUGAGAUUGUUGAUAAUUGAGUAUGUAAAGUAUAAAUGUCAAUUAUUAUUGUUCAUACCAUUCUAUUGUUAUUUAUUUUUUAUACUUUUUAUAAAUAAAAUUUGUAAAAUUA